AUGUGGGGCCAAUGUGGUACCACCGCAGAAUUCUGUACCAAAUCAAACUCGACAACGGGUAACCCAGGAACAGCAGCCAAGGAUCAGAAUGGAUGUAUCUCCAACUGCGGUACGGAGAUUAUCGUCAGUGACGCUCCCACUGAAACCUAUUCUAUCGCUUACUUUGAAGCCUACGACCAAACUCGACCGUGUCUGAACAUGUCUGUUGACCAAAUCAACACCACCUUCUAUUCCCACAUCCACUUUGCCUUUGCCAGCAUCACAAGUGACUAUGCCAUCAAUGUCACCGGCCUUGAAGACCAGCUAUCUCUUUUUUUCAAAUAUGACUGGGACGAAGCGUUCACUUCUACGAAUCGAGAUACUUUGAUCACCAAUGUUGUUAAUUUCUUGGAUGAGUGGGAUCUUGAUGGUGUGGACUUUGACUGGGAGUAUCCUGAUGAGCCAGAUAUUGCAGGAAUCCCAGCUGGGACUACUGCAGACAGCACUAAUCACUUUGUCACACUGGACCUGCUUAAGGCUUCCAUGCCAACGGGGAAGAUAGUAUCCCUCACUGCGCCAGCUUCUUUCUGGUAUCUCGAGAGAUUUCCCAUUGAAGCAAUCAGUCUUGUUGUUGAUUAUAUUGUUUAUAUGACAUAUGACUUGUAUGGCCAGUGGGACUAUGGCAAUGCUUACUCAGACCCUGGAUGCCCAGAUGGCAAUUGUUUACGAUCUCAUGUCAACCUUACCGAAACCCUUAGUGCCCUGUCUAUGAUCACUAAGGCAGGUUUUCCUUCAAACAAGGUGGCCGUUGGAGUAGCCAGUUAUGACCGCUCAUUUGAGAUGACUGAGGCUGGCUGCUGGACCAACAUGUGCACCUACACUGGACCUGAGUCCGGCGCCUUGCCAGGCCCUUGCACAGAAACUGCGGGAUAUAUCUCGAAUUAUGAGCUCGAGCUGCUCGUACACGAACAUCUUGGUCUACAACAAGACUCAAUGGGAUACAUGAACGAUACCAAUAAGGCAGUGCGAACCACCUUGUACGAGAAUCUGAAUUUCUUGGGAAUAUCGGACUGGGCCGUUGAUCUGCAAUCUGAGGACGGCAACGAGGAUAGUGUCGGCUCUGGUGUCAUUUACAUCAGCCCGGUUAUCUUCAAUGAGACUGACCCGACAGUGGCUGGUUACCCACCCUUCACGAUGGUAUGGCCUACCUCCUCUAUUGAGCCAAUGAUCGUCAACUUUCCUCCUUAUCCAUAUUUUUAUAACGACGGAGGUUAUGCAUACACCUCUUGGCACUCUGUGUCUUCAAGAACGGUCGAUGAAAUGAGCUUCUUCCAAUGGUCGGGACCACCCUCGGGCAUCCCAACCUUAACGUACACCCUUACUCCCAGCUACAGUCCCUCGCCCAUAACCAUUAUUGGUAAUGAUGGUGAUCUGCCUAUCGUGUUAUAUCCACCCCUUAUCGAGACACCAUUUACGACCCCGUACGCUGUCGUUGAUGGCAUGAAUUAUAUGGUCAUAAGCGGCACUAUCACUGUCAAUGACACAAACGGGCUUUCUAUUCUCACGGGUAUUCCUCCUCCAGCAGCCACACUCCAGACAGUCACGAAAAUCAUUUACGUUGAAAACCCAGUCAGCACAACCAGUGCAACAACCAACAACACAACUACGUCCACAUCGGGCACGAUCACAUAUACCUGGUCAGAGCGGCAGAUUGAUAGCUUGGCUACCAUCCCCACAACAACUACCAUCACAACAACGAAUGUUAACAAUCAAAAAACUACCACCGCAACUGUGCCUGUCAAUACUGGUGGCUUCUAUUGGUCUCCGGUGUCGAUUCCAGAUCUUCCCUUGCCCACACCCCCGCCUGAUUUGGCGCCGAUUCCCACUCUCGCUUGCUUCACCUUAUUCGAUAUCUUUACCAUUGAUUGCCCACCUGGAAGUAAUGAUGACAACCAUUCGGAUGACAAUGAUUCGGAUGACAAUGAUUCGGAUGACAAUGAUUCGGACGACAAUUAUUCGGACGACAAUGAUUCAGAUGACAAUGAUUCGGAUGAUAAUGGUUCCGACGACGAUAAUAAUCAUUCAAAGAAGACUGUCAAGUUCACCAGUGCAAAGGAAUCACCCACUUGCUCUCCCAGGAUUGCCAAAUCAUGCGGUUUACUCUGCACCUCCAACUGCAAUCCUUCAUCCACAUCUUCAUCGACAACGACCUCUUCCACCACCUGUACCUCCGAAUCAACAGUUACUGAUUAUUGGGUCUCCUGUGAUUAUACAUCAUGCUCGACGACAAGCACCGCCACAGUCACUGGAUGUGAUGCGACAGCCACUACGACAACCACAGGCCUCUACUACGCAGUCACCCCAUUCACCGACAUUUGGUCCACUAAUGAUCAAGGUCAAAACGGCUUUCAAUACUUCACCACCAGUACAGAAACCAUUCCCGAGGAGGUUGUUGUAGCCGGGACAACCUAUAUUGCUGGUUCCAAUGGGGCCGUCACACUCGGCAAUGGCGAUGUCAUUAGUGUCCCUACCAGCGUCACGGGUACAACGACCAUUACCCUUGACGCAAUUUUGGCUACAGUUGACCCCGCCUAA